AAGCGCCUACUGCCUAAUAUAAAGAGCUGCUUCUACCUUACGACUUACGAGCUUCGUUAUCAGGCAGUGGAGGUCGAGUCGAGUGUUAGCUAACGUCGCCCUCAUUUCUAUCAUUCUCCCGUCUCCUUGGCUCUUUUACUUUCAGACAUGGAGAACUCAUAUCGCCGCCACUCUCUCAUCCCAAGCUUCCUCUAUUCUUCACCGCUUUCUUCUUCUUCUUCUUCUUUCGCUUCCAAAACUCAAAUCACCGCUGAUUCCAACUCUUCAUCUCCGGCGAAUAACAGCUUUACGAUUCCAGCUCCCAGCGAGCCUGGCAAGAUCCAGAUGCACUCCCCUCAGUACUAUGCUGCCUGCACUGCUGGUGGUAUCUUGAGCUGCGGUCUCACUCAUAUGUCCGUCACUCCUCUCGAUCUUGUCAAAUGUAAUAUGCAGAUUGACCCUACCAAGUACAAGAGCAUCUCAUCUGGUUUUGGAGUGUUGCUCAAGGAGCAAGGAGUCAAGGGUUUCUUCAGAGGAUGGGUUCCUACCCUUCUUGGUUACAGUGCUCAGGGUGCCUGCAAGUUUGGCUUCUAUGAAUUUUUCAAGAAGUACUACUCUGACCUUGCAGGAGCAGAAAAUGCGGCAAAAUACAAGACUUUGAUCUACCUUGCUGGUUCUGCAUCUGCAGAAGUGAUUGCUGAUGUUGCACUUUGCCCCUUUGAAGCUGUAAAGGUUCGUGUUCAGACUCAGCCAGGUUUUGCUAGGGGGAUGGCAGAUGGGUUCCCAAAGUUUGUCAGAUCUGAAGGAGCUCUUGGGUUGUAUAAGGGUUUGGUUCCUCUUUGGGGACGUCAGAUUCCAUAUACCAUGAUGAAGUUUGCAUCCUUUGAGACUAUUGUUGAAAUGCUAUACAAGCAUGCUAUCCCUACACCCAAAAAUGACUGUAGCAAAUCUUUCCAACUUGGAGUGAGCUUUGCUGGUGGAUAUAUAGCUGGUGUUUUCUGUGCAAUUGUAUCCCAUCCUGCUGACAAUCUUGUCUCUUUCCUCAACAAUGCAAAGGGGGCCACUGUUGGUGAUGCUGUGAAAAAGAUGGGAGUAUGGGGUCUCUUUACUCGUGGUCUUCCUCUCCGUAUUGUCAUGAUUGGCACUCUCACUGGUGCUCAAUGGGGAAUUUAUGAUGCAUUUAAAGUUUUUGUGGGACUGCCAACAACUGGUGGAGUUGCUCCGCCUCCUGUCACAGAUGCCAAGGCUUAGGAUCAAAUUGGAAACAAACACCCUACAUCUACUACCGAUUUGAUGGAAUCAAUAAACAUGGACUGGCUGAUGUUUCUUAUUAGCGGUAGAGUAAUUCUUUAAUCAUUACAUUGAGCAGUCCAGACAAUUUUUGUGAUUCACUAAUUUUGGAUUGCUUGCCUCAUAAACUUGAAGCUGCUGCAAAAGUUUUUGUAUUAGAAUACAUAUAGUUGAUACUAGGAUUGUUCCUUUUCCCAUCAGAACAAGGGAAUAAUUUUUAGUUUGGGGUGGGUCAGCCCUAAACAUUUUUCCCUUCUCCAGAGACACCUGCGUAAUGCAGAAUUGCAAAUUAUUCAUCCCACCCAAUUUAUCUUUCAAGUUAUGUCGAAUUGCAGAUUAUUCAUCCCA